AUGCAAGGGCGCCCUGCCCUGCCUCGGCGGCAGGCGGACCUGGCGGAGGCGUCGCUGCGGGAGCUGGUGACGGGCCACGAGCUCCUCGAGGCGCCGAGCGGAGCUCCGACGCUCCGCUCCGGCGCGUGUGACACUGGGUCGUGGCGUUGGCGAGGCCUCUCUGCGAGUGGGCACCGAGCACCGCUGGCCGUGGCCUUGGGAGUCUUUCUAAGUCUGCCGCAGUACGGCGCUAAUCGGGUCGCGCGCACCCUUGCUGAGACUUGCAGAGGUCAUGCUGGAGCGCCUGGUCUUCGCCGCAAGCGCUUCCUUUGCCGCUGCCGCUGCCGCCGAGGAGCCCUCGGCGGCAGUCGGCAGCGCCCUGUGCCUGUUUUUGCUUCGCUUUCAAAAAGGAGCGGGAAAGUGAGCGCCGAAGCGACUGGGCCAACCUCUCUGCGAGUGAGCUCGGAGCCCGGUGAACUGCGGCAGUGCUCUGAGGUGCAGGGAGCAUUGGAGCAUGAGGGAGCUUGCCAAGCUUUUUUUGUCCCUGCGACGCACGGCGGUUGGCAGGGCUGGGCCUCCGCUUUCUCAGGUUGGCCUCCCUUCCAGCGGCUGCCGGGCAUCUCCUGCCUGGAGUACGCGCUGCGUUGCGAGCCCCUCGCCAUUGACUCGGACGCCGCUCAGGCCUCGGCGCCGAGCGGCGGCAGCGGCGCGAGCAGGAGAGAGAGGGUGGAGUCGCUCUGCUUCCUGCACGAGCCUCGACGCCCGGAUGCGCAGGUCCUGGCCUCUGCACAGUUCCAGCGGCUGCUGGACCAGCCGGAGAUGUCCCUGGCGCGCCUGGCCUCCUGCUUCCAGGACAUCCGCCUGGCUGAAGCCGAAGAGGAGAAAGACCUUCAGCUGCAGGUGGAACUCACCGGAUUGCUGCCGUGGACGAGCUACGGCCUCUCCGUGGCUGCACGCUAUCCGGCCGGAGCAGGCCUCUACCCGCACCACGGCCAGACCGAGGGCCAAAAGAAGUCCGAGGCUCUGGGACCCUUGAGACCCUUGCUGGGUCCGGCCCUGACGGUGGAGGUGGAGACGCCGGGAGGGGAGAAUGCUCCCGGAGCCCCGCAAGAGGUGGAUCCCGGCAGCGUCAGCUGCGAGGCAUCCAGCUUCCUGACGCACCCCGGCCUCCGUGGCAUCUUCCUGAGCAUUGAGGACCGGAGCGACUACGCGCUGGAGUACUGCGCCGCUGCCCCUGCCUGGGCCCACUACGACGCGGAGGUGGGCCAGGCGCUGCGGAGCUUCCAGGGGAGCUGGCCCCGCCGGCGAGAGGCAGGCGCUUGGAAACGCGUCUCGACGGUGCACCGUUUGCAAGAGAUCCCAAGCGCUGCCGCAGGGGAGCUGAAGGAGGCAAGCGCGACUUCUUUGGCGCCUUCCAAGGUCAUUAUCCUGGCUGUGCUUCCGGCUUUUGGACAACCUGGGCCGAUUCCUGACGCGGUGAGGUUCCGACUUUGCGCGGUCGACCGUGGUGCAGCCCAUCCUUGCCGUUGGGCAGGCGGUGUUUCCGAGCCCUUGGCUGUUGCUUUCGCUCCUCCAAGGCGCCCGCCUCGAAUACAGCGGAUCCUUUCCGACGACCGGUGGACGCUGAGUCUGCAGAUCGAGCUCUUCCAGCACCAGCCGCCACCAACACCCACGUGCUAUCUCGGGCUGCGCACCGGCACGGAAGACACGGAGGACGACAGCGAAUGUGAGGAGGAAGAAGCGAAGGAGCUUUUGGAGCUCCGCAGGGCCCAGCUGCUGCCGGCGCUUCGCCCAGAGUCCUGGCAAGAGACGGCGUUGGACUCCAUGCCCUGGGGCUACGGCCACCGCUUGGUCACCAUGGUCCAGGCGCGCUGCUCCCUGCAGUCCAGCGUGUUGCCUGAGCAUCGCAUGGACUUGGAGCGAGAGGUGCUGUCGUCGGAGUGGCAGCUCUCGGCGGCCCUGGAGUUGGGAGGAGGACCAGCCGCCGGAGCCGCCGGAGCCACCACCUUCGAGUUGCCGGCUUUGGCCAGUGGACUCCUGGACGGCGGUGUUUAUGCCUUCCAGGUUCGUGUGGGCAAUGGGAAGACAUGGUCCGAGUGGUCCCACACCUCCAUCCCCUUCUUGUUCCAGGUGCCACCUCCGAUCCCGCCGACUGCCGCGUCACUGAAAGCCCAGAAGACAGUUACAGUUGAGGUGAUGUCAGCUACAGCAGCUCGAGUGGUCUGGGGCGACUUCAAGCCAGCGCCCGGGCUGACUUUGCUCGAGUACGAGGUCCGGGCCACGCCGAGGCAGGAGACCUCCGGAAGGCCCCUGGGAGCGAAGGCUUUCCCGAGCCAAGCGCUGACCUUUCAGCACCGCUACCGGGGUGGCUUCAUCGAACACGAGCUCUUGAACCUCUUGCCUUUCACCACCUACACCUUCUCCGUGCAGGCCCGGUAUCCGAAGGUGGGCAUGCGCCUCUGGUCGGGACAGCAGGUCACGGAGCCCGUGGUCCUCGAGCCGGCCGUGGCCUACCAGGAGGGAGUGCAGUACGACUUGGAGUACGCUUUCGUCUUGGGCGACGACUUGGAUACGGCAGAGAUGCGGGUCGCGAAUAGCCUUUGGCGAUCCCCGAGAGAGGCCUCCAGCGGCGUAAGCCCUUCAUUCGCGUGUGCAGAGUUGCUCGGCUUGCCGUUGUCUGCAUUGUCUUCGUUCUUCUCCCGACUCCCUGUGGCUGCUGUUGACCUCAGUCUUUGCACGCAGAGGCCAGAAGCAAUGUGUUACAGUAUGUUAUUGUUUCUCUUUUGUCUAUUUUUGCGGCACAGCGCUCGGGCCCGGGCGUGA